CUCUUUCUUCCCUGUUUGCAUGCCAUUUUCUACUCAUCCAGUUUCUGGACAAACUUUAUUACAUGAAGAAUCCACUUCAUAAAGGGGGAACAGCCCAUUUGAUUUCUUCACAGUUAUCACUUUCAUUUUCUUCUCUUUAUCCAAUUCACAUAUUUCAUCUCAUUCAUCAAAAUCUUCUUCGGAGAAUUCUCCACUCAAUAUUAAUUAACAUUCAUGUGUCAGAUUACAUACAAGGUUUAAAGCAAAAACUGGAAGAAUUGAACCAGUUAACAGUGGCAACGGCACGAAAAAUCGUUGACUAUGAUCCAAUGCCUAAGCUUGAAGUUGAAACACAAGAAGAGGGUUUUGUGAUCAAGGUGCUGAGUGAAAGCAGUUGCCAGGGGUUGCUGGUGUUUAUAUUGGAAGCCUUUGAAGAGCUGGGGCUUGAUGUGCUCCAAGCUAGGGUUUCUUGUGCGCACAGCUUCAGUAUAGAAGCUCUCGGAAACAAAGAGAACAAUGAAGAUACUCGCCCAUUGGAUGCACAACUAGUUGAGCAAGUAGUGUCUCAAGCUAUUCAAAACUGGAGGGAAGUUUCACAGAUAUAAUGAUUCAUGCCCCAGCACCUAUUGUCAUAAUUAGAAAUUAAUAUUAUGCUUGCUUGAUCAGUUUCCUGCUUCUUGUAACAAUGUUUACUCCUUUAAAUAGAACGAGAAGUUGGCCUUUCUGAUGAAUAUAUUGAAUAUUAAUUAUAAGAUAAUGCUCAAACUUUCUCCACAUAAA